AUGAUUGGUAUAGUAUUGAUAAUAUCAUUAUCAUUUUGCUUAAUGGAAAUUCAAAUGGCUCUAGCAACAAGUUGCUAUUUUUCUCGUUCCAAUCAAGCUAGUCCAACAGGUUGGAUUGAUGUGAUCGAUGAAUGUAAGGAAAAUGAAACAGAUGCAAUAUGCUUUUCAGGCUUGCGUAAAAAAUUGGCAUGUAGCAGUGAUGAAGAAGUACCAGCAGAAGGUUGCUAUCGUGAUAAAAUUCGCUACGAAAAUUUUUUCCUUUGUUGGUGCGCAGGGUCAAAGUGUAAUACGAGGGAAAAGAUAACAGAAAUUUACAAAACAAUUAAUACAACAUAUGUUGUAGAUGGUGAUUGUAAACCAUUUAAUUUUUGA